AUGGAAUCGGGGUCAGAUUUAGUAAUAGGGGGAGAAGGAGGAGGAUUCAUGCCCGCUUCCCUCCCCUCCCCACCUGCAUCUUCCGUGUACUCGACCUCCACCAUUACGCCGAAUCUCCCGCAACAGAGAAAACAAACCCUCAGACCAGGAAGCGCCAAAGAGAUGACAGUCAUCAACUUCGUCGACAGUCACAUACUAGCUAUAAACCGGCGGCACGCGAAGAAAUUUAGCAGCGCGUUCGCCGGGGACGAGAGUGAGACAGAUCGGGGCUAUGAGAAUUUUCGCGAGGUUGUGAAGGAUAUCGAGGCGAUUGUUGACGUGCUUUGGGUUAGCGGAACUCCAUCACUCCAAAUCCCCUACCUCAUCUCCCUAGCAGGUCUACUAAAUACCUACCUCCCGGAUUUCCCCUUCUCCGCACGCGCAACGUUCAAACUUCUCAGGAAAUUUGACACCAUCUUCGCUUCUCUGCUGCUGGGGGAGGACUUGCAAACAGGACACCCGCUACCGGGCUUCGAAGGCAAGCUUGGAGUGGUUUCCGUCACGGAGAAGGUGAGGAUUAAGAGUCUUGCGGAGAGUGCGCGGAUUAUUGUUGUCAGUGCGCAGGGGAAGGAGGACGAGGAGGACGGUGUAGGUAUGGGUAGGGAUUAUGGUGAUGACGAUGAUGACGAUGACGACGGAGGAGGAGAUCGGGAUGGGGACUAUGAGAGUGGUGGAGGGGGAAGGUCGGACCUCGAGGGCUUUGGAGACGAACUUGGGAGGUGGGAGGUGGAGUCAGGGAGGGUAUAUGAGAGGACUAUUCAGAUAUUGGGGGAUGAGUUGGGGAAGCAGGAUAGGUGA